AUGUAAUGAAAAGUGCAAAAAAGAUAUCCGUCGAGUAGAAAUCUGCAAAAAAAAUACAAGCAGGAGUCACUGCAAUACCAUAAUAGGGACAGACAAAAGGGGCAUGUGGGACAGCAAAGACAGGAUUUCUCUGUUCUACGACACAAACAACAAAACUAUCACAGUGGCCAUCAAGCAACUUAAGGAAAAGGAUGAAGGAAUGUACGACUGCGUAUUUGUAACAGGGACAAAACCAGCAACUCACACUUUCGAACUGGAAGUGCAUGACGAUGACGGCUGCCACAAAGCAAUUCAUCAACCUGCUUCUACAUCAGCUCAAACCACCAUUGCCUGCAACAAUCCAACAGACGACUGGAAGGCCACGGUCAAAUUUUUCUGCAAAGAGAGCAGUUCAGACUGUGGGGAGAUUGUAUCCACAACAUCCCCGUCAAAUGGAUCGUUCACCAUGACAGAGACGGGCAACAUGUUCAACAUGAUAAUCAGUGCCACAACAUCAAAGCACGCUGGAGUCUACUGGUGUGGAGUGAAAUCUAAAGUUUACCGCAUCGGACUGAAGAAAAUACAACUCCAGGUUCAAGAGCCGCCGGCUGCCUCCACAUCCUCGAUGUCACCAACACGUCUGACAGUUACACCAUCUCCUGUCCCAACCAACAUCCCACCAGCCGACAAGAACGGCCGUAAGAAAUGUUGCUUCACACCCAGAAGUGACAAAAACAUUUCUGUUUCUUCAACUGCACGAUGA